AUGAGAAGAAAAUCACAGCCGCAUACACGCAACAUUCGCCGCAGUCAGUUUCGCGACAACACGGUGAUCAAUCAAGGCGAUACUCAUAUUCAUAUACCUGCUCACUCGGCCCGGACGUUGACUCACGUCAUUCCAUAUCCGCGAAAUGAAGAUUUCAUCAACCGGUCAGAGAUCGUUGGCAAACUUGACCAGCUUCUGCCACGGUCUUCAGAGUUCUAUAGUGCCGCGCUUUGUGGCUUGGGUGGUUCGGGAAAAACGCAGAUCGCGCUCGACUUUACAUACCGGCGAUGUGGUACUCGCUCGGUCUUUUGGGUACACGCAGAUACUAAGGCAACACUCUUAAAUGACUAUAAAAUGAUUGCGAGGAAGUUUGGUGAUAUUGAUGAGAAGCUUGAUGACGAAGGGUUGCUCAUGGCUGUUUGCAACAGAAUUGAGGCAGAACCAGAGUGGCUCUUGGUGCUCGAUAAUGCCGAUGAUCUAUCAUUAUUUGGAGUCGGCACUACAUCUUCUUCGACGAAACCCCUGCUAAACUAUAUCCCUCGAGGACCCAAGGGGCUUGUGUUAUGGACAACCCGUGACAAACACAUCAAGGGGACACUGGUCGGUCCUAUUAGAGCAGUGGAAGUGGGCGAUAUGUCACUUGACGAAGCAACGAUACUUCUUUCAAUGGCAACGGCAACAACGCAGGACAAAGCGACCAGCGAAGUCAUCAAUAAUAUUAGCAAACUGCUUGAAGCUCUUCAAUAUCACGCAUUGGCUAUUUCACAGGCCGGUGCAUAUAUGCGAAGAACGUCAACUUCCCAAGAAAGCGAGCUGGCAUUUGAUUUGUUCCACACCAUUGCAUACUUUGACAACCAAAAGUUCUCAGGGGACUUGGUCGAAGUUGGUGGAAUAGAGUGUGGCUACGACUUGGAAGAGGGCACAGAUGAAUUAGAAGAAGCUAUAACACGGCUGAAAGAGUUUUCCCUCAUUUUUCGACGCCAGGAUGAAUUUGGCCAUCGGAUGUAUGAGAUGCAUAAACUGGUACAAGAGGCUGCGCGAUAUAGCCUGGACAACAAAAGGGCUUUGGAGGUAAAGGACGGGUCAUUCUUUGCGAUGCGUGCAUUGAACGUCAUUUCUUAUAUGUCGGAAGAUCUCCACGAAUCGGGAGAAGCGCAAGUACUAGGGGACGAUUAUAUGACACAUGCGCUUCAGGUAGUCGAAUGGAUGGAGCUCUGUGGGGAGGGAUCUACCAUAUCAGACAAGCUUUCUGCGGUAUCAGAUCUUCUGGGGGAUCUCAAUGAGUGGAAAGGAAGAGCAUUGCUGGAUGAAAAGAUACUGAUAAUGCGACAGAAGAUUCUUGGGGCAGAACAUCCCGAUACGCUAAACAGCAUGGCUGCUCUUACCAUGUCGUACUUCGGACAGGCUUUUGCAGAUCGGGAUGAUGGGUCCCUAAGGUUUGAUAUAUCAUACCGGUGGAAAAACUCCCAAUAUUACAUCAACAAAGCAUAUGAAAUCGGAAUGGAUCUGUUAGGGCUUCGACACAAGGUUCUCGGACCAACUCAUCCAGACACCAUCUCAAGUUGGAAGAUCAUUGCAGAAAUACAAUGCGGACAAGGCGAAUUCGACGCCGCCACGAAAAUUGCACAGAAUAUACUUGGUACUCAGCAGACACUCUAUGGAGGAAAGCAUCCGAACACGUUGGCAGCGUUGGAAGAUCUUGCUUAUGUCUUUUAUAUACAAGGUCGAUAUGCCCAGGCUCUGUCUAUCAGAGAGGAGGUAUUGAAGCUUCAGAACGAGACAGUGGGCGAAAAACAUCUGGCUACCAUGCUCGCUAUGUAUAAUCUUGCCAUUUCUUGGAAACAGUGUAGAAGACAUCGCGACGCUCUUACCUUAAUGAAGGAGUGCUACAAACUGCAAGAAGACGUCUUUGGCUUGUUUCACCGUAUAGGUCUCGGAUGUAAUUGGCACAUAGAGGAAUGGGAGGAUCAGAUUUCUGAUGGUGAUGCGCACACACGCGAUUCUGCGUCUCUACUAAUGGGACUGCAUAUUGAUCCAUCUAUGAGCAAUAAUUAG